UUCAAUUUUUUUCAGGCUGCUCGUAAGUCUGCCCCAACCACUGGUGGAGUCAAGAAGCCCCAUCGUUACCGCCCAGGAACUGUUGCACUUCGUGAAAUCCGCAAGUACCAGAAGAGUACUGAGUUGCUGAUCAGGAAGCUCCCAUUCCAGAGGCUUGUUCGUGAGAUUGCUCAAGAUUUCAAGACUGAUCUGCGUUUUCAGAGCCACGCGGUUCUUGCGCUCCAGGAAGCUGCAGAAGCAUAUCUCGUGGGUCUCUUUGAGGACACUAACCUCUGCGCCAUUCAUGCCAAGCGUGUCACCAUUAUGCCCAAAGACAUUCAACUCGCACGCAGGAUCAGAGGAGAGCGUGCUUAA